GCCACCAUUCACAAUUUUGAACUUAAUGGCGCAGGGAACAGGCGCCGAGUCCUACGGGCGAUCGCAGCAUGAUGCAACUGCCGCUAGCAUCACCGAGGUCCUGCACGAUGUCACGCAGAAUUUGUCUGAUUGCUUGAAGAGGCUUGAACAGCUAGGCCCAGGCUUGGCAGGGUCUAUCCACCACGAACACUAUCUUCCCGACUGGAGCAAUACCAGGCAUGCAGCUCAAGCUGUUGACACAUUGCAUAAAAUCCAGGUGCUUCUCGACCCCCCGGUCUUAGUCCUUGCAGAUCACUUCUUAGGUUAUACAAGAACACAGUGUCUCUGCGCUGCAGUGCAAAGCGGUAUACCAGAUUCCCUGGACAAUAGAACAAUGACGCUCGAUGAAUUGGCUAAAGCGACAAACUCGCGAAGUGAUAGACUCGGCCAGAUCUUGAGGAUUCUAUGUAAUAGUGGCAUAUUCAGUCUAGACGAGGCGUCCGGGCAAUACUCAAACACCCCAGCAUCUUUGUUGCUACGAUCAAAUCACUGGACUCAGUGGCAUAACUGGGUCCAACUGUAUGGAACUCAGUUCUACGAUAUCGCGCGAGGGAUCCAAGCGUCAAUUCGCAAGGGCACAGUGAGAAGCGCGGCUCAGAUCAAUUACGACACCGACGACAACAUGUUCUCCUUUUUCCAUUCCCAAGGCUGGGUGCCUGAACUGCACAGAACCCUGGGUGGAGGCGCCGCCGCGCAGAUGCCCGGAGUACUUGAGGAUUAUCCUUGGGACGAAGUUGCUGAUGGUCUGGUCAUGGACAUUGGUGGCGGCGGAGGAGCGUUUAUCACGGGCUUGCUCAGGAGGUUUCCGACUAUGCAGGGCGGUAUAUUUGACUUGUCCCAUGUGAUUGACCACGUUCGCGGUUUCUUCCAGGCUGAAGGGCAAUAUGCAGACAUUGGCAACCGCGUCCAACAGCAAAAUUUGAUCGCGGGUGACUUUUUCAAGUCUAUUCCACAAUGCAAAGUAUACACUAUGAAGUGGUGUCUUCACGACUGGAGGGAUCCUCAAGUCGUCGAGAUCCUCACCAAGAUCCGGGAGAGCAUCAUCCUUGGUCCACAGAGUAGGCUCAUCGUCUUGGAAUCAAAUUUGUCCAAUGAGCACUCUGAUAGAUUGAGCGUUUAUGGGGAUAUCAACAUGAUGAUGACUGCCAACGGCCAGGAGAGAACAGAGAGACAGUGGAAGGACCUAGCAGAGAGUUCUGGCUGGAAGGUCAUGAAGGUGUGGGAUCUGAGAAGAGCGUGGGUCAAGGCAAUGGACUUCAGACCUCUUUAAAAUGCCUGAAGAUAGAAGGGUUUCAAAUCAAUGCCAGUUAUCCUUUACGUCCAUAGUGGUGCAAUUUCGUAUGAAUACUA